AUGAUAUUCGUGAGAAUAUUUUCAGUUUCAGACAUUCAGUCAGUCACCGAAAGUGACAUAUCCGCUUUUAGCCUUCGUACCGUCCAUUUUAAAUCUUGUCAUCCAUUGACAACGAAUUUAUUUACUUCCACGACAAGGCCGAAUUAUUUACAAAAAUUAUACGAAUCGUCAGGUCCGACGCCGAUAUCAACGAUACGACAAUUGGAUAGAUUUCGAAGAGAUGGUACGAGAAGUUCGAAAUUUUUCGUAUGCACUCCCGUUUUGGCGGGAAAAAGGAAAAAAUAUAAAAAAAUCGAUUUGGAAAUCGAAACUCGAAAGCCUCUGGCAGUCGAAGAUCUUAGAAGAUGGACGUCGACGGAAGCAUUGGGUGAUAUAACGGUUCUCCCGGAUAACACAUCGAAAAUAACGACAAUAGAAACUAAAGAAGGCGACGUACGAGAUGAAAUCGAUCAUUUAUUACCAUCACCGGAAGAACAAAUGAUGGCCGUCGCCAUGAAGUUUCCUCCAUCGAUAGUUGCCGUCGACGUAUCGGGUAAACCCUUCGAUAGAAUGUCAGGUUUAAGAAGAUCCGUUAUGGGAGUUGAAACGUGCGAAAGUGGAACGAAGAGAAAAACAAGGAGACGACACAGGGGUAAAAGGAGAAACACGAUCGCUGGAACAAGUCAAAAAGAAAUCGAGCAAGCAAUUGCUGGUGAAACUGCAACGGAAACGGAAGGCUGCGAAUUCGAACCCCUUCCGCCCCUUCGUUCAAAAUCAACGGAUUUGUUUAAGUUGGCAAAAGUGAAUCUUUCCCCGAGCGACAACAUAAGAAAUCAUUUCAACACACUUAAAAAUUGGUCUAAAACAAAGCUUAAAUUCAUAAAUAGCAAAAGUACUUCCGUCGAAUCGUGCAAACCGAGUUUUCAAAGUACCGACGUCGUCGAUGACAUCGGUCUAUACGACACUGUUGGAAACAAUCCGAGCAUAAAAGCAUGUCAUAGAGAUAAAGAAAGGAAACCGAGUUCGAGUUCCAGCGCGAUCAGCAUUCCAGUAUCGACAUCAUCCAUAGCUACGAGUUUGGUGGUCAAACUGAGAGAAAAUUCUCUUCAGAGACGACACUGGAGAAAAGGAUCGAAUAAGGGACAAGACGAACCCGCUCAUUCAUCUUCGGGUAAUUGGUCGGCAAGUUCGGAAAGUGGUAGAACUUCGAUUGCAUCGGAAACGACAGCACCACCCAAAUCAUCCACGACGACAUCGAACAAUUCGUUAAAUCAUCACAAUAAUCAUCAUCCACCAUCCGUACAAAGCAGACGACGAUAUUUGAACAAUUCAACGAGUAGUUCGGUAUCGGAAGGAACGCUAACACCCGACAUUAACGAAUUGCAAUACCACGAUUUAUUGGAUGGUGAAACGAGUUCGAUUUAUUCUUGUGAUACCGAAGGUUAUUACACGUCUUUCCACAUGGAUUCCGGUUUGAAAACGUUAAAAGAAGAAGAAAUCGCAUUAUCAUUUUCCACGUUGCAAUUACAGGAUGAUCCGGGACCUCUGACGACAACUUUUAACAACACAUCAAGUUCCGGUGGGAGCACAGUCAAAGGAAAUCAAUUAACGGCAGAAAACGAAUACGAAUUGUUUGGAAAAGGGAGCACUUCGACGACGACGUCUUCUGCUGGCACCGUGUGCACCACUCUAUUAGCCGGAAACGUUUACGGAAGCACGAGAAGUUUAUCGCAAUUUGCACCCGCCGUACCGGAAAGAAAAAGUAGUUUGGAAAGAAAAUCCGAUAAUAAGAAACAAAUCGAACAAAUAAUCGAAGAAAAUGGUAUGACGAGUGAAAAUAACGGCUACGAUUCGGAAAAAACGACGGUUGUAGCUUUGAUACACGGUUCUCCGAGUCCCGACAGCGGUCACAACACUUCGAGUUCUCCAGCGGAAAGCGCGAGUCAAAACAGUUCGAGCCCUCACGAACAAUUAGAAUUUUCCGAAUCCGAUUUGGACAGUUGCGACAGAGCGGAAAGGAUAAGAACGAAAACGGAAAUGACGACGUAUAGAAUUCCGAGCAUGUGUUUGAUCACGCCCCCGCAAUCAGACGACGAAAUUAACCUUCGCAAUGCCAAUCCAGUAGUGCCUUACAAUACGAAUUACGUGCCUUAUAAUAAAAAUCUCGCGACGAAGAACGUAUUGAACGGAGGAAACGGAAGUUGUUCGGAAGUUGUUGGAAAACCGUUAUUACGUAUUCAAAUACCCACGGUACCGGAUAUUAAAAAAGAAGUCACCGAUGUUUUCAAUCGUUCCGAUUCUAACAAAUUGAGCAGGAACACUGUGAAAACGACAUCGAAAAAUGGAAUGUUGGAAACGAACAUCGAUUCGUUAGCAGACGACGCGAAAGAUUCGUUGCAUUUUGUCGUCGACGGUGAAACCGGUUACGCCACGAUUAAAACGGAAGUUAAGAAAACCUACAGGUCGCCCUCGCCGAGCGGCGGAGUGUUGAUAGUGAACGAAAAAGAAGAAGAAUCAAAACCGAUACAACCGAUUAUAAAACCAUCACUCCUACCCAACAAUUUCAUGGAUAGGUUUAAGGAAUCCACGAGCAAACAAAAAAAACUGGACGUUAAUAAUGGAGAUUUGGAUUAUGCGAAACCGGCGGAAAAAUCACCCAAAUCCAGGCUGCAAUAUUCGAACGAUAAUAAAUCGGAAUACGUUUCUCUAAACGAGUUACCCGUGACAGAAGAUUUAACGGAUAAUUGUCCGUUGACAGCAUCAGACGACGGUUCGAUGGAGAGAAAGAAGAGACAGGGUGCAAGAGUCACGUUGGAUUCUGACGGGAGAGUCGUUUAUUCUUCGGACAGUUUAAAAAGGAAAAAGCAACAAACGACGUUCGUACCGGGAAAAUACGUUAGAGAAUCACCCACCCCGUCACCCAUUGCGGAUAAAAGAUUACCCAAAACCAUACGACCGGUUAACUGUUCCGGAUUGAUACGUAACAAUUCGGAUGAUAGAAAAUCCGACGUGACGAACGUGUCGUCGUCUCAUCAAACGGGUAAACUCAUAAUAAAAGCCGGAUUAAGAAAUUCCGACUCGCCGACAAAAGAUUUCGUGAGGUUACCACCUACGAGAGUUGUCACGCCCACGAACACAAUGAAGAGACUCGACAAAGGUAUAAGAAUAAAAAUGGAAAAUGGGGAUUGUUUGAAAAGCGAAACGGAGAGUACGGAAUCAUCUGAAACGAAUUCAUUGGAAAGGGCAAAACAUAACAACAGAAGGAGGAGCUCAAGUCCAUCAUCGUCAUCCUCAUCAUCUGAUACCCAUAAAAAACAAGUCGAUAUAAGAGCAGCAGCAGCAGCAGCAGCAGCAGUAGAAGAAGAAGGUAAGAUACUUAACGAAAACGAUUUGGACGCGUUAGGAGAAAAUUCCGGGUGUGACUUCAUUAAUCCUAUGAAAUUAAACGUGGGGGUACUUGUACCUGAAAAUUCUCUUACGUCAUCGGAUGUACAUCAACAGGAUGUACCACACAUUUUCCAAAUAGAACCCCAAGUUAAACCUUGUAAAAAACAAAUCAAAAGAAGCGAUAGUUACCGGAUAGCUAACAACACCCACCUAACCCUACCCAUAGACCCCAUAAAAUUUAAAUUAACGACCGUUAACGAAACGAUUGAAAACGUUGACAAAUGUAAAAUAACAGCGAAUGAUCCCAAUUACAAUUUGUUAAUGACCGACAACAACAACGACAAACACAAUCGCACAAUUACCUCAAACAAACAACAAAAUUUCAAAACAAAUUCCUACUACUCUAGAAAUCCUUAUAAGGUAACAAAACCGACAGAUAUCGAAUUGGCAAAAGUAUUAAAAAAAACAAUAACAAACGAUACGGAAAUAUGGUAG